GAUGAAGGGGGCAGAACUUUUUUACGGGUCCUCAUUCACCUCAUUAUGCACGACUACCCUCCUUUGCUCUCAGGUGCUCUGCACCUGCUAUUUAAGCACUUCAGCCAGAGAGCUGAAGUUCUGCAAGCAUUUAAGCAGGUUCAGUUGCUGGUGUCGAAUCAAGAUGUCGAUAACUACAAGCAAAUCAAGGCUGAUCUUGAUCAGCUACGUCUGACUGUAGAAAAAUCAGAAUUGUGGGUUGAGAAGAGCAGCAAUUAUGAGAGUGGAGAGGUGGGCGACAGUCAAACCAAAGGGGGAGAAGAGCCAAUAGAGGUGGGAUUAAAACCUUUGCUCAAUAAAAGCAAUAACUACAAUAUUGUUAAAGAGAUUCUGAUUCGACUCAGCAAACUUUGUGUUCAGAAUAAAAAGUGUCGGAAUCAACAGCAGCGAUUGCUGAAGAAUAUGGGUGCCCACUUGGUUGUCUUGGACCUUCUGCAGAUACCCUAUGAAAAGAGUGAUGAAAAGAUGAAUGAAGUUAUGAACCUAGCCCACACUUUUCUUCAAAAUUUCUGUCGAGGAAAUCCUCAGAAUCAAGUUCUCCUGCACAAAAAUCUCAACUUGUUUUUAACUCCAGGGCUCCUGGAAGCUGAAACCAUGCGGCACAUCUUCAUGAAUAAUUAUCUUCUGUGUAAUGAAAUUAGUGAAAGAGUGGUGCAGCACUUUGUACACUGCAUUGAGACCCAUGGCCGUCAUGUGGAGUACCUGCGUUUCCUGCAAACCAUUGUGAAAGCAGAUGGCAAAUAUGUGAAAAAAUGCCAGGACACGGUAAUGACAGAGCUGAUAAAUGGUGGUGAAGAUGUGUUGAUAUUCUACAACGACAGAGCAUCAUUUCCAGUCCUACUCCAAAUGAUGUGUUCAGAGCGAGAUCGAGCAGACGAGAGCGGACCCUUAGCAUAUCACGUCACUCUGGUGGAAUUGCUGGCGGCUUGUACAGAAGGAAAGAAUGUAUACACGGAGAUCAAGUGCAAUUCACUCCUGCCACUGGAUGAUAUAGUGAGAGUAGUGACCCAUGAUGACUGCAUACCUGAGGUGAAAAUCGCCUACGUUAAUUUUGUUAACCACUGUUAUGUGGACACUGAAGUGGAAAUGAAAGAAAUCUACGCCAGUAAUCAUAUUUGGAAGUUAUUUGAGAACUUCCUUGUUGAUAUGGCAAGG